AUGUCUUCUCCAAACACUCGUGCCAAGGGUUCUUCUUCUUCACGAUCUCCUGCUUAUCUUACUAGAGAUGGUGUUGACAACCACACAAUAGAGGUCCGAAGCAAACUCUACCCCUUUGCCCGGCAGAGUUUAGAUGAAAAUGUCCUCCAUUUGUUUGAGAAUACCUUAGUUCUGGGCCCUCACUGGUUUGGCCAUGUUCCUGAGGAAAUGACACUUUUGUUCAAAGGUGACGCUGAAGCUCCUCUGUGCUUUCAGAGUUCUUCUGCCCUGGCUUCUCACACUUGGGUCAGCAAGAAUUUGAAUCACCCUUUUCCCUCCAGUGAAGUGGGCAGACUAGAUUAA